AUGGCUUCAUCUUCUUCACAAGGUCUAGUGAUUAAUCCAGGCUCAGAGGACCCAUCAUUAUUGCGUUUUCAAAGUAUACAUGUGUCUGAACACAUUUGGGAUGGUCGAGAGCAUCCCAUAAUAAAGAGUGGCGCAACUUACCAACUUCCAUUGGAUAGACAUUUGAUUACCACAUUAGUUGAGAGAUGGAGGCUUAAGACACACACGUUUCAUAUGCCACCAGGAGAGUGCACCAUAAUGCUUCAAGAUAUAGCCAUACAGAUAGGUCUUCGGGUUAAUGGACUUCCAGUAUUUGCAGCGACUGGCAGUAAUUGGCCGCAGAUAGUUGAGGAUAGUUUAGGUAUUAGGCCACCACCAAAGGCUUUUGUGGGCAGCAAUUUGAAGCUUCGUUGGUUAGAACAACAUUUCACUGAUGUUGUUAUGCAUAAUCAGAACGAGCUUCAACUGACAAGAUUUACUAGAGCGUAUACUAUGAGACUAAUUGGAGGGUUCAUGUUAGCAGAUCAUUCUAGCAGCAGAGUCACAGUUCGAUACCUGCCUUUACUUGAGGACUUCACCAUCGCAGGGAAAUAUAGUUAG